UUGCUGAGGAUUAAGUUCAAGAAUCCAAAGGAAGACUAUACAUAUAUCCAUGAAGUUCCUUCAAACCAGGGCGUGCUUGUGUGCGAUCGGAAGAAUCGUUUCCACCUUGGCGUCAUCCGGGAGUCAUUCUCACCAACACCACUGCAAAUGCUUGAAGUGCUUGCUCACGUUCAGCAUCCAAAUGUUGCUGACAUCCUUGACGUCUAUUUUCACGACAGCAAACUAUGUAUUGUUAACGAGCACCUGGAAGUUUCAAUGCUUGACCUAGAGUUUGAGAGGUUGCCCCCGGAAGAGUGGGAGAUUGCAACGAUCAUUGGAGAAGUGAUUAACGCAAUGACUUAUCUGUUGAAUACCGUGCCGGCUUGUGAGCUUCACAUCGACAGUGUGAGGUUGUCACUGCAAGGAGAUAUCAAGCUUGGU